CCACUACUACUACUAGUACUGCUAGUCGCUGCCGCCGUUGCUCCCUUCUUCCCUUGCUUUGCUCAAUCUCCCAACCCUGGAUCCAAAUCCCAACCUAUCCCAAAACUCAACCCGAGGCAAGCCAAAGCAUCAACCAAUUAUCACCUAUACCUAGCCACCUCAGAUCAUGAAGCGUGAGUACCAAGACGCCGGCGGGAGCAGCGCCGCCGGCGCCGGCGACAUGGGCAUGUCCAAGGACAAGAUGAUGCUGUCCGCGCCGCCGCCGCAGGAGGACGAGGACGUCGACGAGCUCCUCGCCGCGCUCGGCUACAAGGUCCGCUCCUCCGACAUGGCCGACGUCGCGCACAAGCUCGAGCAGCUCGAGAUGGCCAUGGGCAUGGGCGCCGUCCCCGCCCCCGACGACGGCUUCACCACGCACCUCGCCACCGAGACCGUCCACUACAACCCCACCGACCUCUCCUCCUGGGUCGAGAGCAUGCUCUCCGAGCUCAACGCCCCGCCGCCCCCGCUCCCGCUCCCGCCCGCCCCCGCCUCCUCCACCGUCACCGCCGACGGCUUCUUCGACAUCCCACCCCCAUCCAUCGACUCCUCCAGCACCUCCUACGCGCUCAGGCCGAUCCCUUCCCCGGCCGUCGACCUCUCCGCCGACUCCCCGCGGGACCCCAAGCGGAUGCGCACCAGCGGCAGCACGUCCUCCUCCUCCUCCUCCUCAUCCUCCCUCGGCGGCUGCGUGGUCGAGGCCGCUCCACCUGCCUCGGAGGCCAACGCCAUCGCGCUCCCCGUCGUGGUGGCCGACACGCAGGAGGCCGGGAUCCGGCUGGUGCACGCGCUGCUGGCGUGCGCGGAGGCCGUGCAGCAGGAGAACUUCCCGGCCGCGGAGGCGCUCGUCAAGCAGAUACCCCUCCUCGCCGCCUCCCAGGGCGGCGCCAUGCGCAAGGUGGCCGCCUACUUCGGGGAGGCGCUCGCCCGCCGCGUCUUCCGCUUCCGCCCGCAGCCCGACAGCUCCCACCUCGACGCCGCCUUCGCGGACCUCCUCCACGCCCACUUCUACGAGUCCUGCCCCUACCUCAAGUUCGCGCACUUCACCGCCAACCAGGCCAUCCUCGAGGCCUUCGCCGGCUGCCGCCGCGUCCACGUCGUCGACUUCGGGAUCAAGCAGGGCAUGCAGUGGCCGGCCCUCCUCCAGGCCCUGGCGCUCCGCCCCGGCGGCCCGCCCUCGUUCCGCCUCACGGGGGUCGGCCCCCCGCAGCCCGACGAGACCGACGCGCUGCAGCAGGUGGGGUGGAAGCUGGCCCAGUUCGCGCACACCAUCGGCGUCGACUUCCAGUACCGCGGCCUCGUCGCCGCCACCCUCGCCGACCUCGAGCCCUUCAUGCUGCAGCCGGAGGCCGAGGACGGGCCCAACGAGGAGCCCGAGGUAAUCGCCGUCAACUCCGUCUUCGAGAUGCACCGCCUCCUCGCGCAGCCCGGCGCCCUCGAGAAGGUCCUGGGCACCGUGCGCGCCGUGCGGCCGAGGAUCGUCACCGUCGUGGAGCAGGAGGCCAACCACAACACCGGCUCCUUCCUGGACCGCUUCACCGAGUCGCUGCACUACUACUCCACCAUGUUCGACUCCCUGGAGGGCGCCGGCUCCGCCCCGUCCGAAAUCUCAUCUGGGCCAUCCGCCGCUGCUGCCGCCGCCGCCGCUCCUGGCACGGACCAGGUCAUGUCCGAGGUGUACCUCGGCCGGCAGAUCUGCAAUGUCGUGGCCUGCGAGGGCGCCGAGCGCACGGAGCGCCACGAGACGCUGGGCCAGUGGCGCGGCCGCCUCGGCCACGCCGGCUUCGAGACCGUCCACCUCGGCUCCAACGCCUACAAGCAGGCCAGCACGCUGCUCGCGCUCUUCGCCGGCGGCGACGGCUACAAGGUGGACGAGAAGGAAGGCUGCCUCACGCUCGGCUGGCACACGCGCCCACUCAUCGCCACCUCCGCGUGGCGCAUGGCCGCCGCCGCCGCGCCAUGAUCGCAAGUUUUGAACGCUCGACCAACGAUCGGAGUUACGGAUCUCGCUGGCGUGAAGAGAUGGACACCGGACGGACUCCCGGCGACCACCACCACCACCAUAGCCUGUAAUCGUUCUUGUUCUCGAUUCCCCACUUGAUCCGUGAACUCCUAGCAAGCCUAUUAUUAAGUUUUAAAAUGUCUAUUAUUAUGUUCUGUGUAAUUCCUCCAAUCGCUCAUAUUUAAAUAAGGACGGGACGGAUUUCGGUACUA